AUGUCAGAAACUCCCGCUGAAAGCGGUUCUCUUGCAGACCGCAUUUCCAAACCAACUGGACCAAAUCCGACUGCUGAUGCCUUCCAACCAAAGUCUGGCACCUCAUGGGCCGACGAGGUUGCCUCUCCUGCCACAGAAACUCCUCCCAAAGUAUCUGAAACUUCAGAAGAUAUCCCUCAGGUUGAUGGCGCCACUGGUCCCUUUGGUGGUUCAAGUCUGCACGAACCAGACUACCAGGUUGAAGUCAAGCUGGCCGAUAUGCAAGCCGACCCAAACAAUCCUCUAUUCUCUGCGACAUCUUUCGAGCAACUUGGCUUAAGCGAAGACAUUCUCAAAGGUGUCAUGAGCAUGAAUUUCCGCAAGCCUUCGAAGGUCCAAGAAAAGACUCUACCCUUGCUGCUGCUCAACCCUCCCCAUAACCUGAUCGGUCAAUCACAAUCAGGCACUGGCAAGACUGCUGCCUUUGUCCUCAAUAUUCUGGCUCGUCUCGAUCUGUCCUCUGAACAAAUGCAGAAAACCCCUCAGGCUCUUGUUCUAGCCCCAAGCAGAGAACUUGCUCGACAGAUUGUUGGUGUUGUCAAAGUCAUGGGCGCCUUCGUUCAAGGUCUUAUUACUGAGGCUGCUAUCCCUCAGGAUGCUGCUUCUCGUGGCAAGAAACUUGAGGCCUCCGUUGUUGUCGGAACACCAGGAACUGUCCAGGAUAUGAUCAAGAAGAGACUCAUGGAUUCUAGAAGUGUUAGGAUCUUGGUUCUUGACGAAGCCGACAAUAUGCUAGAUCAGCAAGGCCUGGGUGACCAAUGUGUUCGUGUCAAAGCUUUAUUGCCAAAGAACAUUCAAACUGUCCUGUUCUCUGCCACCUUCCCCGACAAUGUCGUCAAAUACGCGAAUCAAUUUGCUCCCGGAGCCAAUCAAAUGACCCUUCGACACGAAGACCUGACCGUGGAAGGAAUCAAACAAAUAUAUCUGGAUUGUGACAAUGACCAAGCCAAGUAUGAUAUUCUCGUCAAGUUCUAUGGUUUGAUGACCAUCGGUUCCUCAAUCAUCUUUGUCAAGACUCGUGAGACUGCUCUUGCCAUCGAGCAGCGUAUGACUGCAGAAGGUCAUAAAGUUGUAUCACUCACCGGUGGUUACGAAGGUGCACAACGAGAUGUGAUUAUUGACGCUUUCCGCAUGGGUCAAGCCAAAGUUCUCAUCACCACCAACGUACUUGCUCGUGGUAUUGAUGUCCAAUCAGUCUCCAUGGUCGUCAAUUAUGACGUUCCAGACAAAUUUGUGGGUAAAGGAAAAUUUGUUGCUGAUCCUCAGACUUACCUCCAUCGUAUCGGUCGGACUGGUCGAUUUGGCCGUGUUGGUGUCGCCGUUACCUUUGUCAGCAGUCGAGGAGAUUGGGAGAAAUUGAUGGAAAUCCAGAAAUACUUUGCCACUGAGAUUAUUCAAGUGACAACCGAUGAUUGGGAUGAAUUGGAGGAUCAAGUUACCAAGAUCAUCAAGAGUUCCAGAGCUGGCGCCAAUUUCCAGGACGGAGCAAGAAUGGGAGGGACUUAG